AGAACCAGCCGCCAAGAUAUAUUCGAUUCGCGAGGUUUCGCGCGUGAACGCCGCGGCAACCACCGUCGUAUCUGGUGAGAAAUAAAACGGGGAAACAUUCGUUUCUUUGCCAGCGAUCGAUCAUGAACAUCGAGGGUAAGAUCGCGCUUGUCACCGGCGGGGCGAACGGAAUUGGCUUCUGCGCCGCCCGAAAACUCCUUCGAAACGGAGCGAAGACGGUAGCUCUGUUGGAUCUGAACGAUUCCGGCGGUGAGAGCGCAGCCGCUGAAUUGAACAACGAGUUUGGCAAAGACCGCACUAUCUUUAUCGCCUGCGAUGUGUCAAAGAGCGAAAAACUUAAAGAAUCGUUCAAAAAAGUUAUCGACAUGUACGAGACACUAGAUAUUCUCGUCAACAUCGCGGGCAUUAUGGACGACGCGGAUUGGGAAAUAAUGGUCGAUGUCAACUACAAAGGCAUCGUUCAUGGAACUAUCUUGGGAUUACAUAUUAUGGGGAAGUAUAAGGGUGGCAAUGGUGGAGUCAUCGUAAACAUGUCCUCUGUAGCUGGCCUCGAGGGCAUCCCUAUAGCGCCAAUUUAUGGUGGAACGCAGUACGCCAUUGUUGGUUUCACUCAGUCGUUGAAGCAUUAUUAUGAGAAAACUGGUAUCCGUAUGCUGACGAUAUGCCCUGGAUUAACGACCACAGCUAUGGCUGCCAGAUUUAUGUCCUCCAAAGAACACGCUAUGGAUCUUCUCGACGAAGAAACCGCGGCUAUGGCAAUGGCCACCAUGCAGAAACAACCAAUUAAGUUAAAAAAAUCCAAGUCUAGCGCCGUUAUAUACGUAAGUUCAACAAUGAACAACGUACAGGACAAGACAGUUUUAAUCACCGGUGGAGGCAGUGGACUCGGUUUAGUUUAUGCUGAGAGAUUACUGCAAGAUGGAGCGAAGGUAGUUGCUAUCAUUGACCUAGAAAUCUCGUCCGCAGAAAUCGCAGUGUCCCAAUUGGAAAUAGAAUUCGGCAAAGGAACCGCCAAAUAUUUUCCAUGUGAUGUAAGCAAUGCUGAACAAUUCGAAGCAACCUUCAAAAAAGUUUGGGACACUCUGGGUGGCCUGGACAUUCUUAUUAACAAUGCUGGUUUACUUAAUGACUUAAAAUGGCAGCAAACUAUUGGCGUGAAUAUUAACGGCGUAAUCCAAGGAUCUUUGCUCGCUUUGGAUUAUAUGGGCAAACACAAAGGUGGCAAAGGGGGCACCAUAGUAAACAUCGCAUCGAUCAUGGCUCUGAAAAUCUUCUCUGAAGUACCUAUUUAUUGCACCACUAAACACACUGUCUUGGCGUUCAGCCGUUGCAUACAGGAACACUUUGACAAAACUGGCGUUCGUGUUCUUGUACUUUGCCCUGGUGCCACAGCAACGCCGAUUUUAGAUGAAAUAACAGAGAAAUCUUUAGACUUUGUUGAAAAGAAUGCUAUUAAAACAAUGCAAGAAUCACUGCUGGUACAACCAACGCAACACGUAGGAAGAGGCAUGAUACAGUUUCUCCUGAAAGGUGAAAAUGGAGCUGUCUGGGUUAUUGAAAACAAAAAACCACCAUACGCUGUUGAGUUUCCACCUUUCAAAAAAGUGGAGGUGAAGCUCUAAAGAUGAAUGACUAAUCUUUUGUAUUGUAUUAUUGACUUGUCCCAUUUUGUACUUAAAGAGAACCUCUGAAACAACUGAAAUUCAAAUAAUGGUAUUUGAAGUACUUUAUCAAAUUGCAAGCUACACGCAAGCAUACGUAACGUAAAAGCGACAUUUUUCUUAAAACAAAUAAAUUAUUAAAAGCGAAAA